AUGGCCAACAUCAUCGAUUCUCAGUGUGUCUUGGUCGUUGGAUCCGCUGCAGAAAUAGGUCGUACUCUUGCCCUGCUAACCGUCAUUGUCUGUAGUCGCUGCAAGGAAAGGCUCGACGAACUGGUUGCCUUACACAUUGCUACCGGACGACUCAAGAGCGUUACUCUUGACGUUCUUUCAGAGCGCAACGUUCUCAAGUCUUCCAUCGAAGAUAUCGUCAACACUUACCCAGAUCACUAUCCCAUGCAAAUCGGCACUGACCGGCUGUCUAGGUUCUUGUUCUCGAAUGGCAUUCAACGGGCCUUCGACUUCACUAAGCCAGAAGCCGUUUAUCUCGAAUCUCUCAAGUGUGAACUCGCCACCAACUACACCUCGAUUGUCAGGAUGAUCGCCUUCUUUCUCCCUCAUCUGAUCGAGCUUGGGCAAGGCCAUCUGACGUUCUUAUACACAGUCUAUUCAGGAUUGUCCAUUGUUCUUGCCGCUGGAAUCAUUGACUACUGUGCGACAAAAUCUACCAUCCACGACUUGAGCAUCUCACUCGCUGCUCAGCCCAUAAAAAGGAAUAACCACGUGGUUGAGAUUAUUCUUUCGUGA